AUGGAUGCCUACGAAAAGUACGAUAAUGGCGAGCUCCUCAACGGCAGGUACGCUAAGGUCGCCGACAUAUCGGAAGGCUCCUAUGGGUUGGUGUCUCUUGCUCGAGAUACCAAACGCAACGACGCCUACGUGGCUGUCAAGUACAUUUAUCCCAUGGACUAUCCCCGUAAAAAGUUAAUGCGUCAGCUCUCGAGUGCUACAGGCAGAGCCACAUCUUCUCCAGCGAAACUUCGCUCAAACGUAGAUGAUGAUUCCCGUCGAAAAUCGGUCAUGACAGCUUUGCUCGAGGAAUCUGCAAAAGAAAUUUCCUUUCACAAGCUUUUGGGCCACCACAUUAAUAUCCCGGACCUCAUCGAUAGCUUUGGCUCCUGUUUGGUAUUGGAGUAUUGCUCAAGAGGAGAUCUCUACGAGGCAAUGCAGAACGACAUCGGACCAACUACUUCGCAAGAUAUCAAAGAUGUAUUCUCUCAGGUCCUCAAUGCAUUAACAUUCUGUCACUCCAAGUCAGUAUUCCAUCGUGACUUAAAACCCGAAAACAUUCUCAUCUCUGAUGACUGGACCAUCAAAAUCUGCGACUGGGGUUUGGCCACAACUGAACGCAUUGUCACAAAUAAAAACGAGUUCGAUGUUGGAUCGGAACGUUACAUGGCCCCUGAGCUUUUUGACCUGGACUUGGAGUCGUAUGAUGCAUCAAAGGUCGAUUUAUGGUCUUUGGGUGUCAUAUUAUUGACAUUGGUGUUUCACAAAAAUCCUUUCCAAGUCGCCAAUUACACUGACAAGCGAUUUUUGCAGUUCUCUGCGAACAGAGAAGCUCUUUUCGACUUCUUCAGCACUAUGACUGCGGAGCUCUUCGGUGCCUUGAGAUUCUGUUUAAAUAUGGACCCAUCCAAUAGAGAUUUAGAAGGGCUCACAAGAGAACUUGAGAAUGUCAAAUAUUUCACCAUCGAUGAGGAGUAUUGGGCAGAGCAUUCUGACGAAGAGGAGGAUGAAGAGGAUGACGGUGGCUAUGAUCCAGACUUAGAGGAUGAGAGAUCUCGUGAGCCUGAGAAACUCGAUGUCAUUGAUCACACCAAGGAUCCUGAAGAAUUCGAGUUCGAAGAAGAUAUGUUUGGAUUCGAAAAGGAACCGGCAGAAGAACUGCCAAAAGAGCUCUCGGUUAUUCAAGAUGUUUCCGAGCACUUAGAAGACCCAGCUUCUCCAGUUCGCGCUGUGAACAGACACAUACGUUUGGACUUAGAUGACGCUACCGACAGUGAUGCCACCACAAACACUUACGCAAUUUCUCGUGAGCAUAGCGAGAUGCCUCAUAAUCGUCGUGCAGAUGCACUUCUUUCACCCUUCACGCACAUGAAACCAAUUCCAAUUACGGGAAAUUUGCAGAUCCGUAACACAAGAAAACCAUUCGGUGUCGCCUCGUACAACAAGAAUGGCACCUAUUCCUCCUCCACUAAGCCUUGGACUCAUGGAAACAAUCACCAAGCUGGUAGUCAUGGCAAUAAGUUCAGGAGGGAGGAUUUCUUUACGCCCCGAAGUACCUUCACUCAAUACAUGGACAAGUAUGGUGAACAACGUGAACAGCGGGACUUCAUGAGAGGGAAUGAUAGAAAUGGCGACAAAAAGAAAAAAUGGAAUCGUGGUCGCAAAAAGCAAUCUUGGAAGAAACGCACUCAAAAGGUUCAAAAUGCACCAGCAGAAUCUAACAACAGGCGCAGAUACUCCAACACUCAGAAACGGAGACUGUCAGUCAAACCCUCAUCGCACAAUUUGCCGAUGUCUCACUCUCCAACCUCAACUUUAGGCAGGGCAAAUGGUAAAUAUGUGCCACCAUUCAUGAGAGCAAAGUCCCCUGUUUUGGGAGGACUUACGGAAAAUCUCGGCCACCUACAUCUCAAUGAUGAUGAAUUGUUCCAGCUCGAUGAUGACUAUAAUCAUAACAAUCAAAGUCAAACAAACUCUCACCACAAUCUGCACCAUAUUCACCAUGGUAUCAAUCUGACCCAACAUCAACCACAUUCUCACAACCAUGGCAAUGGAAUUCACAGUCAUAGCAACUCGCACCACGUUUCUAAUGGCGGUCACAACGUUGGCCUGGUGCAUGGUCAUAAUUCCUCCCAUAGCCAAGGCUUUGUGUCGCACGAAGACUCAGGAAGAGUUUCAUUUUCGCACCGCUACAUGAUGAAUGAUCAGGACUCGAGAAGAGUUCCCCAAAGCUCUACACAUGCACAAUUCAUCGACAAUCCCGCACUUCUGUUCUUCGGACGUCGCUCCGAUAGUCAGACAGGGGGCCACUCGCGAAGACAUCUGGCCGGCCGCAGCGAUUCUUCUGGAAAAUACGUGCCGCCAUUCCGCAGAGGUUCGUGUAGUGCCGCAGGUGUUAAACAAGAAAAGCGGCGCCCGAUUGCAUCUGGUGGGGUUUUCCCUAGCAUACAACAAACAUUGAUGGACAACGAGACCAGCCGCAGUGUUCCUGGAGAUAAUUGGCUAGCAAAGAAAGAAUGGAGAUCAUGA